AUGAGGUUGGGCCCAUGGGCCAUAAUUUCUCAACUUAACUGGAGUAAGGAUAAGUCCACUCUCACUGCCAAACAGAAGCAAACUAUCAAUCGGAGAAGAUUGCUGCUUCUCGUCUCCGGAGGAAUUCAAACCCAAGCAACGAUCCGUUUGAGAUCACGAGCAGCUUUUAUUUUCGUCUUCCAUGGCGAAGGAGCAGCACUUGCGGCCUUGGUUUCUGGAUCUCGUACCGGCUUUAGUAGUCUUUCUCGCCGCAGCUCAUGUCAUCGCAUUGAUUGGCGACUGAUCGUCGGCCUCAGAGAGGAAAAUUUCACUGAGGAAGCGCAUAGUUCUCAUUUACUGCCUUCUAAGAUGUCUAACCAAGAUCCCACUGCAGACCGCGAAAGAUUUGACUAG